UUUUCAUAUACAGACGACAAUAGCACUUGUACGAUAUCCAGGUAUGCAUACGUCACAAAGCGAUGCGGUCAUUCUAAUUAUAGUACAAAAGGUCACGUGGUCAAGAUUUCGGACAAACAUUAUCUCAGAAUUAUCAACAAUGGCAGCGAGUGAACCUUUUCAAUACAUAGAAUUAAAUGAAAACGAAGUGCCUGGGGCAAAGUUUGUUUAUGAGUCUAUUGAAAAACAUUCAAAUACACAAUUAAGUAGGUGGCUGGAAUGCCGAGGACUACGUAAAACUGGAAAUAGGAGUGAAAUCUUGAAGCGAGUUCAUAGUUGUAUCAGUGCUGGCAAAGACAAGGAAAUUGAUGUCGGGGUAGAUUGUGGGAAAUGGUAUGAACUGAAAAAGGAAAGUAAGCUACAACUUGCAGGAGUGCCUUCUCGUGUUCCUCUGCUACCAUACUGUGGAUGGGGAAAGUUCCCAUCUUGUCAGGAGAAAAUGCCAAAACUUUUCAAUAAGGGCCACAUUCACCACCACAUUGUGGAAUCAGUUCAGUUUGUGAAUGCCAAAGAUGUAAGUGAUGAAAGUGAUGAUGAUAUUGAAGAUCUUCACACUGCAAAGCCAAUGCAAAAGGGGUUAAAGUUUUUUGAGAGCGGACAUGUGAAGAAAAUGCAGGACUGUGUCAAAUCUGAGCACUAUUUUUUAAAGAGCAAGGUAAUGGCUUCCAUGCGGACAAAUGUGGAAUAUGAUGUGACAGUGACAUUAAGUGUACAUUCUGGCUUUGUUAAAGAUGCAUCUUGCACUUGCAUUGCAUCCGCUAUGGGACGUUGUAGUCAUGUGACUGGACUGUUGUAUGCGUUGGAAAAUUUCUUGUCAUUAUCGGGUAAAGACCUUACCAGCUGCACUUCAUUACCCUGUACAUGGAAUAGAGGUCGUCAAAAACAGAAAAAUCCAAAACGUGUACAAGAAUUAUCAUAUAGCUCAAAAAAACGUAAAAUUAAUUCUGUAAUUGACUUUGAUCCAAGGGGGCCAUCAACAGUAAACAAAGACAAAGAUAAUGUCAAGGACAAUUUUUUGUGGAACUUGCAAAAUAGAAGAAUUAGUUCAUCAAUGUGGAAUUCUAUUCUAGAAUUCAGUUAUGAGGAUUAUGAAGUGACUAGUGAUCAGAUAAAUGUAAUCAAAGAGUGGAGAGAAAUAUUUCUAGAACAUCUCAAAGUGCCUUCGCAAAACAGUUAUCCAACUCUUUUGGUUGAGGAUCAAAGGAGCGAUCGUUGGUUUACCGAAAGAAGAGUUAGGCUAACUGCGUCAACUUGCCACACUGUAGUUCACCUCCAGUCAGGGAUUGCCAUAGGGAACUUCCUGUACAGAAAACUCUGGAGUACAGAAAAAGUGACAUCAGCAGCUCUUAGCUAUGGUGUCAAGAAUGAGACAGAGGCUAUUAAAUGUUACAAAGACUUAAAAAACAGUGAACGUCUGAAAACAAUAAACACAGGUCUUUGGGUAAAUGGUACAAAUCCUGAACUUGCAUGUAGUCCAGAUGGACUAAUUCUAGAUCUGGAUGAAGCCCAGUGCAAAUAUGGAAUUUUAGAAGUUAAAUGCCCCAAAAUUUUGGAAAAUCAUAAAAUUUCUGACUUCAAGACUGUGCUUAAGCCAGCACAGGUGAAAACAUUCUGUUUAGAAGAUUGUAACGGGGAAAUAACAUUGAAAAAGAAACAUGCGUACUUCUAUCAAGUUCAGAUGCAAAUGGGGAGUGGAAGUUGUUAA